AUGUAUCCCAUUCACUCAGCACAAAUGACGUUCAGCAGCUUCAUGGCGAAGCGAUGGACUCGAAGGCGCCUUCAUCUGCUUAUUGCGUUGAUUCUGACUACUAUCGUCUACUUAUCCCUGUGCAGCUUCGAUCCCAUCAUACCGCUGAAGGCCGCGUUGCCAUAUUCUCGGUAUGGACAUAGGUUUCGUCACGGCAGUCAUGGAGGCAGACCGACAAAUCCAUACGUUCUUCAGGCGGCUAGAAAAGACGAUAAUACCGUUGAAAUGGUUAUAGCUAGCAAGAAAAGUGAGAAUGUCACUUGGCUACACGACUAUCUUCCAGACUGGAAGAAGAACAUAUACGUCGUGGAUAACAGUUCUGCGGACUUCACUGUUCCUCAAGAUAAAGGGAGGGAAGCGAUGGUAUUCUUAACGUGGGCUACCUUGUUUCCUGAGAAGUUGUUAUACAUUCACGAUUCUAAUCAAGCAUCCAGAUACAUAAUUGACCGCUACGACUCACUUCCCGGCAACAUAUUCUUUCAUCAUGCGCAGCGGUUCCAAUGGCACAAUGACGACCCCAACUACGACGCGCUCAACCUCCUACAACAGUUCCGUCUUGAUUACCUCAAGGAGGAAGGUUAUACCAACUUACGCUGUGACUGGGCUCUAGGUUGUCCCUCCGCUAUCAGACCCUGGGUCGAUGCCAUUGUAUUCCUACCCAACGAACACAUAUCAUCAAAACACGUCUACAAGAAAUCCUUUGAACAACUAUUCCCAGAUCAGAGUGUUCCGGAAACUGUGGGCGUUGCAUGCUGCUCGCAAUUUGCCGUGCGUCGAGAAAUAAUACAGCAACGCCCAAAGUCAGAAUACAUUCGUUAUCGGAAAUGGCUCCUCGACACCGAACUCAGUGAUCAACUAAGUGGGCGCGUGUUCGAAUACUCAUGGCACAGUAUGUCAUACUCACAACACGUACUUAGAUCAAACUUGAAACUUUGCGCUAAUAUGGAAUCACUUAGUUAUGUUUGGCAAGAAAGCUAUACAUUGUCCCAAUGCCAGUACCUGCUACUGCAGAAUGUACGGACUAUGCCAUAUGACCUGCCAGUCUAA